CAUGUGUAAACUUAAUGAUGUCAUAAGAUUUUGUUUUACAGCAAAAUGUCUCCCUACACUUUUUGCAAAAUGGAUCGGAAGCGCCUCCAUAUAGUGCAUGCCAUGUGAGUGUAAACAUGGAGGAGGUUUGUGUUUUGGAUGCUGGUUCCUUUACCUUACCAGUACAAGUUUUUGUUGAGAUGGGUGAAACUUUACCUGUUAGUGGUCCUAAAAAGUUUAUAUGCUCUUUUGACGGAUGCUGUGCUUCCUUUAAUAAGCAUUGGAAACUGAAAGUUCAUCUUUGUAAACACACAGGGGAGAAGCUGUUUGUAUGUGAACAUGAAGGUUGUGGUAAAGGCUUCACGAGAGCUUGCCACCUUAGGCGACAUUGCCUCAUACAUGAAGGAGAAAAGCCAUUUCGAUGCAAUGCCCGUGGCUGUACUGAAGCUUUCACAACUAAAUCAAAUUUAAAAAAACAUGCUGAACGUAUUCAUGAAAACAGACGACCAUAUGUAUGUGAGUUUGAAAAUUGUUACAAAUCUUUUAGGAAACACCAACAUCUCAAAAGUCAUCAGUAUGAGCACACCAAAAUUCCGCCAUUCAAGUGCGGUUUUGAAGGAUGUGAGAAGUCUUUUCUUGUUCCUAGUAAACUUAAACGCCAUGAAAAAGUACAUGGAGGGUAUACAUGCAAGAAAGAAGACUGCACAUUUAUUGGCAAAACUUGGACUGAAUAUCAAAACCACUUAAAGGAAUGUCAUACAGAAGUAAUUUGUGAGCAGUGUAAUAAGAAGUUAAAACGCAAAGACUUUCUUAGAGAGCAUCAGCAAACUCACUUGAAGGAUAGACCUGUAUUCCAGUGUCCUAGAGAAGGUUGUCCGAGAACAUAUACAACUGUCUUUAACUUGCAGAGUCAUAUACUUUCAUUUCAUGAGGAAAAACAUCACUUCACAUGUGAGCACCCUGGAUGUGGAAAGACAUUUGCAAUGAAGCAAAGUUUGGAGAGGCAUUCUGUUGCGCAUGACCCUGAAAAGAAGAAACAAAAGAAAAAACGACCAAAACGCAGUCUUGCAUCUCGUUUGAGUGGGUUUAUUCCUCCAAAGGACAUGAUCAUCACAGAUGCAGUUGCUGACACUGAAAUUGUUGAAAACAUGUUCGUUUCUGAAUCGCCAAACCUCCAAUCCUUAAAGCUUGAUUAGAUAUUUAAUCAAGAAAUGUGAAUUCUACAGUGUUAGCACUAGAGGUUUCUCCCCACUACAUGAAGUGAUUUCAGCACAGAGGAUAUGACUUGAUCCUGCUAGCUCAUAUAAUGAGAAUAGAUGGCCAUUUUGUUAAGAAUGCAUUACACAUACUUUUUGUGUUGACCGUUUGAACUUGUCUGUGGGUAAAUGACCUAGUUUGGUUGAAGCCACAGUGUUUCUGUGCUGUACAUGUAUGCAUUGGGGAAACCUCUUAACUGUAUUGACAUGCUGGCCACAAAGGGUUUGAAUGCUUGCAGACUCUGUACAUAAAUAGUUAUUUUUGUAAAUUUUGUUUAGUUUCAUAAAUUGUAUAGACAAGUUGCACUGAUCUGCAACUGAUAUAGAAAAUGUUAUUGAAGACAUAAAACCUGCAUAAGGAAUCAAACCCGUUUGGUGGACUUGACUGCACCUUUUUCACAGAAUGACAUGUAUAAAAGACUUUAUGUUCUGGUUUAUUUUAAUAAAUGUCAAUAUUGCAGAGCA